UAUAAAUCUCUCCAAACUGCUCUCUGCGCCUGGUGCGGUGUUAUGCACAGACAUCUGUCCUGCUUCGGUCCAGUAUGAGGACAACGCGUGUGGAAACUCUUCGAGCUGCAUAGACACUAGAGCCGGAGGAAAAUGGAGAAUAAAUACCCCAAUCUGUGUCGUUUACCGUGUCAGGAUAUUAUCAGAUGUUGGCGAUUAUGAACAUUUAACGCAGCUCUGGAUAUAACGGUAACACAGAACAGUUUUAUCAAGAGGCAGACAAGGGAUCCUUGCGCUCUGGGAAACCGAUAUUGUGCACCUUUUGCGCCCCGCGUAUGCGCUGGAGACGCUGAUGUCUUCAUUGGACUCCUUUCAGACGGAGAUGGUGGAACUCUCUCGGAUUUCCAACGUGGAAACGUAGCAUCCAAUUAAUCAGCGACUGCAACUGUACCCCGUGAGGCGCAGUGGCACUUGGUCCGCUCUCUUGAACACCUACCAUUGGACUCCAAAGUGUGGAAAGCCGCAUGGUUUGGUUACUGCGCCCGAUCGGAGUAUGAAAAACACACCUGGUGCAGUUUUUUUUAGCUGUUAUUUCUAUCAGGACAUGAACCGAAUUUAAACUCGUUUUACGGACAUUUUCGGAUUGUUGCUGUUAAACGAUUCAUGCAGCCGAUUCAGCUUGGGACACUAAAUGAGUCGCGUUUUCUGUUUUGGAUUUUAAUAACAGCCAAGAGAGUCUCAGGUCUGCAUGGGCCAUAUUUAAGCUUUCAUCAUAGGAACUGAGUCUAAGAUGAAGUUAUGGGAUGUUUUGGCCACGUGUUUGUUGCUCCUGAGCUCUGUUGCUACACGGCCUCUGUACCAAAACACUCAGCCAGCCAAGAGGACUUAUUUCCCCAGCAGCUACAGUGAUUCUGCAUCCCUGUCUGUGGAGGACGAAGAACCAGCGUUCCAGCGUGAAGACCACAACCUGCAGGAGAUCUCCAUGGAGGAUCAAUAUGACAUCGCCGGCCCCUAUCCAGAGCAGUUUGAUGAUGUAAUGGAUUUUAUUGAGGCUACCAUUGGCAGACUCCGGAGAGCUUCAGAGCCCAGCGGGGGAUCCAAGGGACGGAGGGAGCGGAGACAGAGGGGAGCAGCAAACACAGGUGGCACGAAAGGCGAAAGGAGAGGACAUGGUGACAGGAAACGUGGUCGUAGUCGAGGUGGUAAAGGAGGAAGAGGUGAGAAAGGGAAGGAGAGGAUAUCAGUCCAGACACGAGGCUGCUUGCUAAAGGAGGUCCACCUCAAUGUGACGGACUUGGGGUUGGGCUACCAGACUAAAGAGGAACUGAUCUUCCGGUACUGCAGCGGCCCCUGCGUGGAGGCGGAGACCAACUAUGACAAGAUCCUCAACAACCUGACACACAACAAGAAGUUGGACAAGGACACGCCCUCUCGAACCUGCUGUCGACCAAUCGCUUUCGAUGAUGACUUAUCUUUCUUGGACGACAAUGUAGUGUAUCACACGCUGAAGAAGCAUUCUGCCAGGAAGUGUGGCUGUGUCUGAGGAAGUGACAGACAAGACGAUCAUCAGUAAACUAAGGAUCACCUUUACAAGCUGGUGGGAUCUUUGUUUGCAAUGGGCAUAGGAGAUCAGAGCAAGGGUGUAUCGUCCCUCAUCUUUGUCAGUAGUGGUCAAAGACAAUGGAAUUGGCUUUAAAGAAGCAAACUGUACAUUCAACUUUUACAGUCCAUGCGCAGUCCUUUACAACUCCGACCAGUAUUUGACGGUUCCAUCAAACACAUGCAAAAAUGUAGGAGGCCUGUACCAAUACACAGGAGAAAAGACACUGUUACACUUCCAUAUUUUCUAACUGUGCGGUCUAUAAUGUAACAGUGGGAGAAAAAAACUACUAAGUUGGCUUGUUUGUUCAUGGAGGAAUUCUUUUUCCCAGGAUCAUCAGUUUUUCCAUAGCUGACUGACUGAUAAAACGUGAAUGAAUGAUGAACGCGAAGAUUGGAGGAGUAUAUUCAGCUGCAGUCUAAAUCACUUCCACGGCAUAGUCUGGAUGUUCACAUUUACAUUCAGAGCCAAUGGAUGACAAAUGCCACACCACAGUUCAGCAAAGACUUUUGGUGCAACGUAUCUACAUAAAAUCAUAUACAUAUAGUACAUACAUACACACACACGUGUGUGUAAGAGGUAUAUUUAUUAAGAUGCAAAUUAACUUAUUGUUAUUUAUUUCAAUACAUUUUAUGAAAGAAAUUGUCAUUUUCCUAUUUAUUUUAAAGCUUUGUCCUGGAUAAUGUCAAUGUGGAGCAUUUUCUCAAGCAAAAUCUAAAAAAAAGGUGAUCCAGAACUGCUAAACACUCUCCCACAUAUCCUAACGAUGCUUUUUCGCUUCACUUAGAUUCCAGAGUUUCUCAAUUCAUGACUCCAAUGGAUCAUCAUAGCUAUCCAUUUAAGAUAAGGAUAAAAAGAGACACAGAGAAGGGGACCAAUAGAAGAUUUGUGAUUGAAUUGAUUUGUUGUUUUAGAGAAUUUUGAUAGAUGACAGGGGGGAUUAUUUGAGGGACAUUUCACCUAAUUUUUCUCCAAUGUGACCAUGCCAACACG